UGUUGGAGGAGGAGACCGGUUCAGCGUCCCAGUGCCGCAACUUUCCUACCUCGAGCCGCCCGUCAUACGCUGGGUGUAUGAUCAUUGAGGACCAGCCGCCCCUGUACGCCAGGUCUAGGCAGAGCUCAGAACUCCACCAAGAUAACGUACGACGAUUUCUGAAUCACGUUGUCUUGCUCAAGCACAGGACCGCAAAAUUUUCCAGUAAUAGGCAUCGAAAGCUUCAACCGUUCAGGGAAACGUGACUGGUGUUCAUCGCAAGCGCGGCGCAGCUGAGCGCAAUCAACAUUUACCGCCCUUACAAUUCACGUAUCCCGCUACUUGAGGGUAGUUGCCCUCGCCGGGCGAGUUUGCUAGGCGACGUUCAAAUUGUCGCUGGCCGACGGAAAUAUAGUAUCCGAAACAAGGACUUAGGCAUUAUCUAGUUAAGAUAUUAAAAUACGGUGAGCUUUAAUGAAAAGAACGUUAGGUAAAUCGGUAAUUUCUGUAAUUCAAGCGACACAGAAAAUCUCGGAAAAAGAAAAAUACAAAAUAACUGGGGAUAUUGCUGAUGUUUCAACGAUCAGCUUCUACAUUUAAUCAUCGAAUCAAUCAAUUCAUCGUCACUGCACAUACAUCGUAAAGUCAAGAAAUCCGAAAUUUGAAUCUUGUCUUCGUCGUUUUUAUUGAAAGAUAUAAAUUGAAAGGUAUUCAAGAUGAGCAGCGUAAACGUAAAUCGAAGCGUCAGCGAUGCCUUCUAUCGUUACAAAAUGCCUCGCAUUCAGGCGAAAGUCGAGGGUAAAGGCAACGGCAUCAAAACCGUCAUCGUUAACAUGGUCGAAGUUGCUAAAGCUAUCGGACGCCCAGCAACUUAUCCGACGAAGUUCUUUGGUUGCGAAUUGGGCGCGCAAACGCAAUUCGAUUUUAAGAACGAAAGAUUCAUCGUCAAUGGUAGCCACGAUGCUUCUAAACUUCAAGAUCUCUUGGAUGGCUUCAUCAGGAAAUAUGUUCUGUGUCCGUACUGUGACAAUCCCGAAACCGAACUGCUUGUUAAUGCGAAGAAAGGCACCAUCUCACAGGGUUGUAAAGCCUGCGGUCAUCACGGAAUGCUAGAGAGCAAUCAUAAACUGAACACAUAUAUUUUGAAGAAUCCACCAAGUCUUGAUCCAGCAGCCCAAGGAAGUUCACUCACUGAAGGCAAACGCGGCAAAAGAUCAAAGCGUGCUACAAAUGGCGAUGCCAACGGAGAUCGCACGGGCUCGCCCGACAAUGAAAACAACACUAAUAGCACAACUGAUAUCGUCGUAGAAGCUCCUGAAAAAAUGGCCAACAAAGAUGAUAACGGAGACGACGAUAACUGGGCCGUGGAUGUCUCCGAGGAGGCCGUUCGCGCUCGUUUACAAGAUCUGACCGACGGAGCUAAGGGUAUGACUAUCAGCGAUGACCUUGAGAAAAGUGAGAAGGAGCGCAUGGAUAUCUUUUAUACGCUGGUAAAAUGCCGUCGUGACGCCGGUCAACUUGAUAGUUACAAAGAGUUCCUCGCUGAGGCCGAGCGACUCGAGAUUAAAAGCAAGGCUCCGUUUGUAUUCGCUGAGUUGCUUUUCGAUGAAAAUAUCGCCUACCAGGUUAAAAAGUAUAGACCUGUAUUAUUACGUUUCACCCAUAAUGACCUCAAGGCUCAGAAGUAUCUCAUCAAAGGCAUUGAGCAGGUCAUUGGGCUGCAUAAGAGUACGCUAUUGAAUAAGGUGCCUGGAAUCUUCAAGCUUCUCUACGAUUACGAUUAUUUAGAAGAGAAGGCUAUAUUCGAAUGGUCCAAUAAGAUGAGGAAGAAGCCUGUACCUAAAGAUGGUUCUAAAGAUAUUUCUCAAGAAAUUCACGAGAAGGCUGCACCUUUUCUAAUAUGGCUCGAUGAGGCUGAGGAAGAGAGUGAUUUCGAUGACUCUGAUGAUGAUACGGGUAAAUCAGAUGAUGAUGAUCUAGAGAUUCAGUACGAUGAUAGAGCAAAAGAACCGCUAAAAAAUCAGCAACAGCAAAAUCAGCAGACGCCGAUGAAAGUCGUUGACGAUUCUGAGGAAGGAGAUGAUGUUGAUAUUGAUGCCAUUUAAAAUCAAAAAGAAAGCUGAAUCGCCAAAGCCAAAAGACGCAACAUACGAUAAUAGAAGAAAAUAAUAAAUGCGUCAAUGAAUUCCACAAUUUUGCAACGGGAUACAAUGAGUCGCAAUAAAAAAGAUUUUCCGCUAAGAUAUGAUAGAAUUUUUCUUCCUUAUAAUAAAAUAAAACUGAGCGAGAAAAAAGUAACUUGCAGUAUAACAUUAGAAGUCGCUGCAUUUAUAUAGAAAAUUUUAUCUAUCUUUUACGCUCUUAUUUAGCAGAUAGUUCCUUAAUUUUUUCUUUGAAUUUUUUUU